UCAAUUAAAUUUAUUGCAUUUUGACAUUCAUUUCCAGUUCUUCACUUCAUUUUCAACAUAAAAGAAUAAAAAUUGUUAAAUUUUUACUAACAACUAAAAAGAAAACUCACUUGAGUAUUGUUGAAGACGACAAAAAAUAAUUUGUCAACGUGUAGCAUCCACCGGCUUCUGUUGAAUAGAAUCUUUCUAGAAAAACACGCCUACACACAAAUCAAAGAAGAUGCAACUAUUUGCAUUCUUAGCUUUGUUACUUUGCGCCCAAUCAUCUUGGGCCUUCUAUUCCUCCUCUGACGAUGUCAUCGAACUAACUCCCUCAUUAUUCGACAAACUCGUCACAAACGAUGAUUCCAUUUGGAUUGUUGAAUUCUUUGCUCCAUGGUGUGGCCAUUGUCAAAGUUUAGUCCCCGAAUAUAAAAAACUGGCAAAAGCUGUUAAAGGAGUCAUUAAAGUUGGUUCUGUCAAUGCCGAUGAACACAAUUCUUUAGGAGGUCGAUUUGGUGUUAAAGGUUUCCCAACAAUAAAGAUCUUCGGGGCAAACAAACGUUCCCCAGUUGACUUUAAUGGACAAAGAACUGCCAAAGCUAUGGCUGAAGCUGGUUUAGCUGAAGCCAAGAAAAAGGUUCAAGCUUCAUUUGGAGGCGGUAGUGGCGAUAGUGGAUCGUCAUCGUCGAAUGACGUCAUUGAACUAACUGAUGCUAACUUUGAUAAACUCGUUUUACAAAGUGACGAUGUUUGGUUAGUUGAAUUCUUUGCUCCUUGGUGUGGCCAUUGUAAAAAUCUGGAACCACAAUGGGCUAAAGCAGCUAAAGAACUUAAAGGCAAAGUUAAAUUGGGAGCUCUUGAUGCAACUGUCCAUCAGGCAAAAGCUCAAGAAUAUGGAGUUCGUGGUUAUCCCACGAUUAAAUUCUUCCCAGCUGGCAAAAAGUCUUCCAGCGAUGCUGAAGACUAUAAUGGAGGUCGAACUGCCUCUGAUAUUGUCUCAUUUGGUCUGGAAAAACACACAGACAGUGUUCCAGCUCCAGAAUUGAUUGAAAUUACCAACGAAGAGACAUUCGAUAAUGCCUGUGAAGGUAAACCGCUUUGCAUUGUUUCGGUAUUGCCACAUAUUCUCGACUGCGACGCUAAAUGUCGAAAUGCAUUCCUAAAGACACUUAAAGAUGCUGGUGAGAAAUAUAAAAAGAAACUUUGGGGAUGGGCUUGGGCUGAGGGUGGUGCCCAAUUGGCUUUGGAAGAAUCUCUAGAAAUUGGUGGAUUUGGUUAUCCAGCAAUGGCUGUUGUUAAUUUUAAGAAAAUGAAAUUCUCCGUUUUGAAAGGAUCCUUCUCUAAAGAAGGUAUUGAUGAAUUUUUACGUGAUAUAUCUUAUGGUCGUGGACAUACUGCACCAGUUCGUGGUGCUAAGAAGCCAAAGAUUAAUAGUGUAGAUGCAUGGGAUGGUAAAGAUGGACAAUUGCCACAGGAAGAGGAUAUUGAUUUGUCGGAUGUUGAUUUGGAAGAUGAGAAGGAGGGCAAAGAUGAACUGUAAGAUAAAGAGAGAAUA